GCCGUUGUUUUCCUCCUGUUGUUCCCCUUUGACUCUCUUUGUUAGCUAGUUUGACUCCAGUCCAGCUGAAGAUCUCCUCUCGUCUCAGCCUUCUUUCUCAAAGCGUCCAAGUUCAUGUCACGUCAGUUCCUCUGCGUCUGCUUUUCUGGUCACAGGGCACAAUUUUGAGGACUGAGGCAAGACAGCCAGCCUGUCAAUCUCCACAGCUGGGGUGUGUGUUGUGUUUUUUGUCUAGUUUUAUACAGCUCCAGAUCAAAGUUCUCUGAGAUAACGCGGAGGUCACUGUGUGUUUAUUGUUCCUGAGAGACACCGCUGCUCUCCUGCUCUGUACAGGGAACGAGUGCAGAGAAACAAAGUUUGGACCUGCAGGACGACUCGACUUUAGAGCUUCACAUGCUGCGUGGAUAUGAACAAACUGAUCUGAGACGGACUUGAUCAUUGUUUGGAGAAGCAGACUGUCCGCUGGAGACAUGAACAAAGUUUAUUCAGUGCAGGCGGUGGAGCCAGAGAACGGGACCAAAAGUAGAGAGUCCUACAAGUUUGUGUCGGAGGUGAAGAGGGAUGUGGGGAGGGACGGUGGAGAGGAGCGAUCAGAGCCCUCCUGUUGUCUCAGUGUCAGCAAGAUCUCCUACACCGUCAGUGAGCGUGUGGGUCCGUGGUGGGACUUACCCUCCUACAAGAAGCGAUGGACUCGUCAGAUCCUCAAUGAUGUCUCCUUCCACGUAGACAGUGGACAGAUCAUGGGCAUACUGGGCAAUUCAGGGUCAGGAAAGACCACAUUGUUGGAUGCCAUCUCAGGGAGGAUCGGGAACUGUGGCACACUGUUGGGUGAAGUCUUCGUUAACGGCAUGAAACUGAAGAGAGAAGAGUAUCAGGACUGCUUCUCCUACGUGCUGCAGAGUGAUAACUUGUUGAGUUAUCUGACAGUGCAGGAGACUCUGACCUACACAGCUCAGCUUGCCCUGCGGAAGCACUCGGCCAAAGCCAUCAAGAAGAAGGUGUCGGCAGUGAUGGCUGAGCUGAGUCUGAGUCAUGUGGCCAAAAGUGUUAUUGGAGGUCGUGUUUUCCCAGGGAUCUCCGGCGGCGAGAGGAGGAGGGUCUCCAUCGCCAGCCAGCUACUUCAGGACCCAAGGGUGAUCCUGUUGGACGAGCCGACCACUGGCCUGGACAGCAUGACGGCCAAUCAGAUCGUGGUGCUGCUGGCAGAGCUGGCCAGGAGGAACCGUAUCGUCAUAGUAACCAUCCACCAACCGCGCUCGGAGCUCUUCAGGGUGUUCAGCAGGAUAGCUAUAAUGAGUCGAGGGGAGCUGGUGUUCUGUGGGCAGCCAGAGGAGAUGGUGGACUUCUUCAGCCAAUGUGGAUAUGAGUGUCCAGAGUACUGCAACCCCUUUGACAUCUAUGUUGACUUCACCUCAGUGGACACGCGCAGCAGUGACAGGGAGGCAGCCACCUUCAGUCGCAUGCAUGAGAUCACUUCAUCCUAUCAGAGGUCUGCCAUCUACCAGAGCAUGCUGGGAAAAGUGGAGCAGAGCCUGCAGCGGGCCGACAAGCCAGCCAUCCCCUUUAAGAGCAAAGAGUCACCCAGCGGUGCAGCCAAACUGGAAGUUCUGCUCAGGCGGACAACAAGGAACCUGUCCAGGGACAGGAUGGGUGUUCUGAUGCGUUUGUCGCAGAACCUGAUCUACGGUCUCUUUGUGGCCUUCUUCGUGAUGCAUUUAGACAACGACGUCAACAAGGGUGCCGUGCAGGACCGCAUUGGCAUCAUCUAUCAGAGCAUCGGUGCUUCGCCCUACACUGGCAUGCUGAAUGCUGUAGCUCUCUUCCCAGCACUGCGAGCCAUCAGUGAUCAGGAGAGUCAGGAUGGUCUGUACAGUAAAUGGCAAAUGUUCUUGGCCUACAUCUUCCACAUCCUGCCCUUGAGCAUCCUGAGUGUUUUCAUCUUCACCUCCUUCCUCUACUGGACGGUGGGGAUGCACCCUGACAGCUUGCGCUUCCUGUGUUAUUCUGCUGUAGUCCUGGUGCCACACAUUAUAGGUGAAUUGCUGACUGUAGUGCUAUUAGGAAUUGUCCAAAACCCUAACAUGGUCAACACUGGAGUGGCUCUGCUCAAUAUUGCAGGGAUCUUGGUGGGAUCCGGCUUCCUAAGGAGCACCCAGAAGAUGCCGAAGGUAUUCCAGUGGCUCAGCUACCUGACCUUCCAGAAAUACAGCUGUGAGCUGCUCAUAGUCACUGAGUUCCACGGACUCAACUUCACAUGCAAUACUUCCAAACCUUUGCCGGGAGCCUGUAUGAUCACUCAAGGCAGUCAGAUCAUUGAUGAAGGCUAUCCUGGCGCUCUGUCUCGAUACACACUAGACUUUGUUCUCCUCUACUCCUUCCUCCCUGCUCUCCUGCUGCUGGGCAUGAUCAGCUUCAAGAUCAGAGACAGGCUUGUACGUCACUAAAGCCACAGACACACAUGGGAGAAUCUUGUGUUUAAAACAAGGAUGAUAAACUGAGUUUGGUUGUAAAGAUGAUUUAGGGAACAGCUUUACAGUAUGAUGUUAUUCAGAGACGAUGAGGUGGCUCCUGUUAACACAUAUCAUGUGUUUGCACCCGUUCCACCAACAUUCUAGGAAUAUUUCUGUGUAAGCACUUUUACAGAAUAAAGUAUUAUAUAAUUCAGAGCAAUGAUGCAAGUGCAAAGAGCUUCUGUUAGACAUUUUCUCUAAAAAAAAAGAAGACCCAGUGCAGAGUGCAAAGUGUACAGUACAGCAGAGUUAAUCUGUGUUAACUGGGAAGCAGCCAUUGACAAUAAACCACCUGGUAUGACAGCUAAAUAGUAGUCCUAGUACUAAAAAGCACCGUACAUCAACCUGCUGCUUUAACACUGAUUGGGCUCAAACAACGACUGAAACGGACCACAUAGAUUCAACAUAAGGUCCUGUAUAAUUUACGUAGGCACUAUCGGAACAAGUAUCUGCACUGAUGUGAAAUUAAUUGUAUUUAUAUAAAAGUACUAGGGCUGUCAAAGUUAAUGCGAUAAUAAUGCGUUAACACCAAAUAAUUUUAACGCCACUAAUUUCUAUCGAUCUUUCGGAGGUUGUAGCGGGCUUUU